GGUCAGGCGCUUUCUGCCCAGCGCGGCCCCGUCCCGGUCUUUCCAUCGGAGCAGCAGCGCGGUCCCGGCGGAGGCAGCGGGCGAUGCUCCAGCGCUUCCGAAGCGGAGGGAUCCGCCGCCCAGUGACAGAUCCCUAGAGGGUGAUUGUUUGGCGGCAGCAAGAAAUGACGUAUCAGUCAAACUCGAAAACUUUGUGGGAACCAAUGGACAGGAUCAGUCCCGGGGGAGAAUCCGAACUCAGGAUCAUCCUCGUCGGUAAGACGGGAGGCGGGAAGAGUGCCACAGGGAACACCAUCCUCGGCCGGAAGGAGUUUGAGUCCGUACUGGAGGCAAAGACAACAACCCUUAGGUGCCAGAAAGGUCAGGGCAGCUGGAACGGCCGGGAGGUUUCCGUGAUUGACACGCCAGACAUUUUUGCUUUUGGAGCCUCCAAUGAGAUAUUGUGCCGUGAGAUCAGGCACUGCAUUGACCUCUCCAGGCCCGGCCCUCAUGCGCUGGUGUUCGUGACCCAGGUGGGCCGCUUCACUGCGGAAGACGAGGCGGCGGUGAAGGACGUCCAGGAUGUGUUUGGAACGGAGGCCCCCAAGCACAUGAUCGUCUUGUUCACCCGCAAAGAAGAUUUAGGAGAGGGCUUGUCCUUGCAGGAGUAUGUGACCCAGUCAGAUAACAAGGCUCUCCUGGGCUUGAUUCAGGAAUGCGGGGGCCGCAUGUGCGCUUUCAAUAACAGGGCAGGCGGAGCAGAACGGGACGGGCAGGUCUCUGAGCUGAUGGAGAUGGUCCAGUCAAUGGUUCAGCAGAAUGGAGGGGGGCAUUACCUUAAUGAGCUGUUCUCGAAGCCUGACUUAAGGGAUGCACAAAUUAAAUGUUAUGUGGCAAAGAACAGAAACGCCAGGAGAGAGGCAGAGGGGGCUUGGUCUUUGAAGACGAAAUUGUUAUUUGGGGCGAUCAUUCUCGGUGUCAUUUCCAUUGUUGUGAUUGUGCUAAUUGUGGUUCACUAUAAAGGAUGAACAUCUCUAUUGGCGUCUAUCUAUUGCAGUCUGACUUUAUGACGAUUCUAGCUGUCUCCUGCCCUGUUCUGGGCAGAAGAUAAAGCACAAAUAGAAAUCAAAAUUGAUUUUGCAUUUUGUUAAGUGUUAUUGCUUGAAAUGAAUAAAGUGUUUAACAAUGA